AUCUUAGUUUUAUUAAAACAAUUAUUGAUUGUAUUCAAACAUUUGAUCUUAUAUCUGAAAAUAAUGAUAAUAAUCAAAUUCUUAAUAAUUUAACAAAAUUAGGUGAUGUACAAAAUAGUCGUUUAAAAGAUAUUGCUGAUUCUUAUAGAUUAUUAAAAGAAAAAUUUAAAGGUAUUAAUAAUCGUCAUUUAGAAUUAAUUAAAACAACAUUAGAAUGUUCAUCGGUUAUUGAUAUGUUAAAAAAAUCAGAUUUAUAUUCAGAUCAUGGAAGAAGAAGAUUUCAAGAAUUAAGAGAUAAUUUAACAACAUUAUUUCAAUUACAAGAAAGAAAUAAUAUGAUUUUAAAUUCAUUAAUUGUUACAUAUGCUGUUUGUGAACCAUUUGUAUUAAAAGCACAAAAUUUAGAAGAAUUUGUUAGUCGAUUAUUAAAAUUACAUAAUUUAGAUGAAUCAUUGAAUCAAAUAAAAGGUAAUGUAAACAAGACAAAUUCUUCAUUAGUGUUGUAUAUUUAUAAUAUACUUUCGUUUAUCAAAAGAAGUUCUAAAUUCAAAUUUACAUUAAUAUAGCCUAUCAUCAGCAAGGAAAUUUUGUCAAUAUACCAUUUCUCUUCAAAAUAUACUUUAGUUUUUGAUGUUGAACACGAAGCUGGACUUUGACUGUUCUCAUAGAUUCCUUUUUAGAUGAAUCUAUAGAAUUCGGAUUCCUAGAGAAUAAUCAUGAGUUUUCAGAUUCAUACAUGACGAUACUACCAGCUUGUAGUAUUAUCAUGCGUAUAAAUAGCUUUUCGAGGGGAUUAAUUUCUUUAGGUUGUUAACUUUCACUCCAAUAAAAGCUGAAAAGUUCAGACUUCCUGUACAGUGGCGUUCUAAAUUGAGUAUCCACCGCUACAUAAUGGCAUUGAUUUUGUUCUCAUUUCAAAACAGAAAAACCUAGUG